AUGGCUUGGGAUUACACAGUUGAUGAUAGAUGCAAACCAAUUAAAUGUACUUUCAAAAAAGAAACUAAUGGAAUAAUGUUUGUUUAUGACAUUACUAAUAGAGACACAUUUAGAUAUAUUUAUUAUUGGCUUAGAGAAGCCAGAAAGAAUAUAGAUAGAGACUUUUUUGCAAUUUUAAUUGGCAAUAAGUGUGAUUUAGAAAGUGAAAGAAAAGUAUUGUAUAGUGAAGGGCAGGCUUUAGGAAAAAAACUUGGUCUUCCAUUCUUUGAAACUUCAGCUUUAGUUGGGACAAAUGUAGAUAAUGCUUAUUCUUAUUUGAUAGAAAAGAACUUCGAAUUAUUGUCUAAAUUUAAAUGAACCUUGGAAUAA